AUGUUAGAAAACGAGAAGAUUUUACACUCGCUACGUGGAUUAAAGCCAUCAAUAUUACAACCAGUUAUAAUGGCUGAUCCAAAAAGAUGCAGGGAGUUACUUCAACAGGCAAAGCGAACAGAAGCAGCAGCCGCCAUUACCGAACCACAAGCCGCAAUGUUAACAACAACAACAACAUCGGCAGAAUCGAUUGAGGAAAUAGCUCUUCGUCGAACAACAAUCUAG